AUGAGGUUGAUGCUGCUCUGCUGCACCUGGAAGGACGAACGCAUGGGAGAGGAGGAAGCUGGAGGAAGCUUGCCCGUCUGUGCGGGAUGCAAACAGAGGAUCUACGAUGAGCAGUACCUCCAGGCCCUCAACACUGACUGGCACACCGUCUGCUUCAGGUGUUGUGAGUGCAGUGCCUCGCUGUCCCACUGGUAUUAUGAAAAAGAGGGACGGCUCUUCUGCAAGAAGGACUACUGGGCCAAAUUCGGGGAGCUGUGCCAUGGCUGCAACGAUCCGAUCACCACCGGCCUUAUCAUGGUCGCAGGGGAACAGAAAUAUCACCCAGAAUGCUUCACCUGCCUGAACUGCAGGGCAUUCAUCGGUGAUGGAGACACAUACGCUCUGGUGGAGAGAUCCAAACUUUACUGUGGUCACUGUUACUACCAGACCAUUGUCACCCCGGUGUCGUUGCCGGACUCACCAUGCUCACCAUGCUCGCGUAUCCCUCACACGGUCACGCUGGUGUCAAUCCCCGCCUCUGCCGAGGGAAACAACGGACACAGAGGUCGGGGUUUCUCUGUCGCCAUCGACCAGCCACUCAGCCCGAUCAACGGCUACAGCCCCGAACAUGGACCCACUGUCAGAGUCUCCCAAGUGGACGAAGACUGCAUCAGUCCAGAUGUGAAAAAUUCGAUCCAUGUUGGAGACAGGAUCCUGGAAAUCAACGGGACUCCAAUUCAUAACGUCCCUCUGGAUGAGAUCGACCUGCUGAUCCAGGAGACGAGCCGGCUGCUCCAACUCACCAUCGAGCACGACCCUCACAGUCAGGGUCAGGAGGGAGGCUCCUCAGGGGCCGAAGAGCAGGUGGACGGCCCCUUGUCGUCCCCUCUGUCUGGGGGCCCUAGCCCCAUCCUGCCCAUCACCCAGCCCCCAAACCCCGACAUAAACAGCCUGAGGUCCCGUAUCAUCACGCGGAGCUACAGCAUUGAUAAGUCACCAGGCUCCAGCAACGCAGCGUCACCCAUCUCACAGAGGAAGGACAUUAAUCGCUCAGAGUCGCUCCGCGUUGUCUCAAAUCGGACGCACCGCAUCUUCCGCCCCUCUGACCUAAUCCACGGAGAGGUGCUGGGGAAGGGCUGCUUCGGACAAGCAAUCAAGGUGACCCAUAGGGAGACGGGGGAGGUGAUGGUGAUGAAGGAGUUGAUUCGCUUUGAUGACGAGACGCAGAGGACAUUCCUGAAAGAGGUGAAGGUCAUGCGUUGCCUGGAUCACCCCAACGUGCUCAAGUUCAUUGGUGUCCUCUACAAGGACAAAAGACUCAACUUCAUCGCAGAGUACAUAAAGGGUGGCACCUUGAGGGAGAUCAUCAAGAAAAUGGACAGCAACUACCCCUGGAACCAGAGGGUCAGUUUUGCAAACGACAUAGCUGCUGGGAUGUCGUACCUGCAUUCCAUGAAUAUAAUCCACCGGGACCUGAACUCACACAACUGUUUAGUCCGAGAGGACAACACAGUAGUGGUGGCAGACUUUGGGCUGGCUCGGCUCAUGGUUGACGACAAACAUGAGGAGAAGUUGCCACAGGGCAAACUGUCCGGCCUGAAGAAGCCUGACCGCAGGAAGAGGUACACCGUGGUGGGAAAUCCGUACUGGAUGGCUCCUGAGAUGAUCCACGGCAAGAGCUACGAUGAGAGAGUUGACAUCUUUUCUUUCGGUAUCAUGCUCUGUGAGAUCAUUGGCAGGGUGAAUGCAGACCCAGACUACCUCCCCAGGGCAAUGGACUUCGGACUGAACGUGUCUGGCUUCCUGGAGCAUUACUACCCCCCUGAUUGUCCCCCUGCCUUCUUCCCCAUAGCUGCUGUGUGCUGUGACCUUGAUGCAGACAAACGCCCUGCUUUCACCAAACUCGAGGAGUGGCUGCAGAACCUGAAGAUGCACUUGGACAUUGGUCUGCCGAUGGUGUCUGAAGUGAGCCAGCUGCAAAAGACCUUCUGGGAAGACCACAGCAUCAUGCACUCCGAGAACGGCCUGCACGUUCACCCCGAACAGCCGGAGUAGGGCUGGAAAGGACAGGAGGAGUGGGAAGUUAGAGUUAACCCCACAAGGGUAUUGGAAAGUGUUAACGGGUGUCGUCA